AUGGAAGACUCUAAAGUGGGGUCAGGGAACAAUGCAGACAGUGAACAUUUUGACCGAAUCAAAGUUACAGCUAAACUCAGCACAUCCCCACAACCACAUCUUAACAACGUUCACACUAGCCCACCUCCUUCACGGAGCAUCCAUUCUCACGAAACUAACAAGAAGUCUAUCUCAGCAAAAGAUGUUACUCAUUCAACCCAUAACAAAUCAAGCUCGCCAUCUACUGACAUGCUUGAUGAUGAAGUUGCUAAAGUUGUUAAACGACAUUUAGUGUUAUCUUCUUCCCCUGUCAGUCAGAAUUCUUAUCUCAAUGUUCCCUCCGCCCAUGGAAGUCGACCUAGUAGCCAGGAAAUGCAAAGCCCUGAAGAUAUAGUCGAAGGUUCACAUCAUCUACGUGGGGGAGCUAUUACUCAUGAUAUUUACAAAUGGACAGAGGACCAAGAGCGCAAAAAGGCAGAGAUGAAAAGAUCCCGAUCGAUGAUGGUCCGUCCCCGACACGAAUCUUCUAACCCAGCCCUAACCAAUCUAAGAGAUCCAGGAGGAUUUAGGCGACAUUACGUGAUUGAUCGAGCUGUUAAGAGAGGAAAGAAACCGCCAGCAACUAUUACGCAUUCCUUUGUUGAUUUCUUGGCUAUGUAUGGCCAUUUUGGUGGUGAAGAUCUGAGUGAUAAUGAAGGUGUAAGCAGUGAUGAGGAGGAUGUAGAAGACCUGGCUGAGAGUUCAAAUGAAAGAACAGCUUUGAUUAGGCAGGCUAAAGCAGACGCAGUAGAAGGAACCGCCACUCCAACGAAGGCAGUAUUUUUAUUGCUGAAAUCGUUCAUAGGCACAGGCGUAAUGUUUCUACCUAAAGCAUUUCAUAAUGGCGGUUUACUUUUUUCUACCUUAUUUUUGGUAUUCAUUGCAAUCGUUUCACUUUACUGCUUUUUAUUGUUAGUCCAGACGCGUAAUAAGAUUCCCGCUUCCUUCGGUGAUAUUGGUGGAAUCCUGUUCGGUAAUAAUAUGCGAGUAUUGGUUUUAAUUGCUAUUACAACUUCACAGAUCGGCUUUGUGUGCGCUUAUAUGGUUUUUGUAGCACAAAGUGUUCAAGCUCUAAUUCAGGCUAUAACGGACUGUCAAAAGAGCGUAUCUCUUGCUUAUCUGAUAUUGGCGCAAGUGGCCAUCUUCGUUCCAAUGGCAAUGAUCCGAAAGAUCCAAAAGCUUUCUAUUUUUGCAUUAAUUGCAGAUGCAUUCAUAUUGCUUGGCUUAGCCUACUUGUAUUACUAUGAUGCUUAUGUUCUCAUAAUGGAAGGUGUAGGCAACGUAGAAUGGAUUGUCAAUGUGUCAUCUUUCCCUAUGUUUAUUGGUACAGCUGUUUUUACAUUCGAAGGGGUUGGUUUAAUUAUACCCAUUGCAGAAUCCAUGAAGGAACCAAAGCGAUUUCCAAAAGUAUUGUCUGGAACAAUGCUAUUCAUAACGCUUCUAUUCAUUUCCAUCGGUCUUUUAUCUUAUCUUGCAUUUGGUGAAGAUGUUCAAACUGUCAUUUUGCUCAAUUUACCAAACACAUCUACUGUUAGUACCAUCCAAAGUCUUUAUGCUAUUGCUAUUUGUUUGUCUAUACCUUUGCAGCUUUUCCCUGCUAUUCGUAUCAUCGAAACUGGUCUCUUUAUGCGAUCUGGUAAACACAAUCUUGUCGUUAAAUGGGAAAAGAACAUUUUCCGAUUUGUAGGCGUAUUGUUUUGCGCCAUCGUGGCUAUUCUUGGUUCUUCUGAUCUAGACAAGUUCGUGUCUUUGAUAGGCUCUGUCUUUUGUAUUCCUCUCUGUUUCUUAUUCCCUCCACUUUUCCAUCUUAAAGGUGUUGCUCAUGGCUGGGGGCAGAAAACCAUCGAUAUCUUAAUUAUUAUCUUUGGCAUUCUGUGUAUGAUUUAUACUACAUAUGUUACUGUUUGUCUGUGGACCGAGGAAGAAUCUGCUGCUACUGUGCCAGUCACUAGAUGUGCAACGCCUAUAUUGUAG